AUGGAAAAUUUUUCAUCAUCGUCGACAAUCCGCCCUUCACCUUUAUCUAAAAUUUUACCUUUAACAAUUAAUUCUAAACUUUCACCAAAACUUUACAGGAAAAUGCGAUCUCGGUUUGCUCAACUGAAUAUAUCACUUGAAGGACUUGGUAUUCCCGUAUCUGUGGUCUCUCAGGAUGAUUGUAUACCGGAAAUCUGGGUUCUUUUUUUUGAAAAACUUUAUGGACGCGUUCCUGACAUUAUCAGACACGCAAAUACACCCGACGACCACCUUCAUAAUCUUCGAAUCAUAAUUGGCAUUUUGUCGUAUGACAUUAUAAAAGAUGAUUUAUCACAUAUUUCGCUUGAGGGAGUUCGUGAUAGAGAAAUUGAACCUGUGUUAAAAAUGAUAGAAAUAUUUGUUUUACUUCAAAAAAUCCCACAAGAGCAUAUAGAACCACACCAAGGAGGGAAUGUGGGAAGAUUAUCAAUGUAUGGAACGAUGUUACAACCCAAAUUAAAAGAGGUGAAAAAAAAAAAUCGAAGCAAUAAUUUAAGUGGAUCCGAGAAUGAUUCAAAAAUUGUUCCCGCGCCUACUUUAGAAAAAACUUCAUUAAAAAGUUCCUUGGUGAACUCAAAUCAUUCAAAAAAUUCAAAAGCAAAAAUUUUACAACCGAAAAGCCAUAUCACAAAAUCAAGGAACAAAGACGAGAUUAUUAGUCAUAGAGUUAAUUACAAUCAAAAGUUGAGUAGUAAUGAAUUUUUAUUGGGAGAAGAAAAUAAAAUAAGCGGGAAGGUAGCAAAGAGGAGCAAUAAAAAAUAUCUAUUGCAUGAAUCCAUUUUUUCAAAAAAGAGUAGAGAUAUUGCUGUACAGACUGAUAAUUCAAAUCUACCUUAUCAUGAACAAUUUAACACUGGCAAAUAUAGUUAUUCAAUAUCACCUUUUCCUCGACAUAAAAUUCAUUCCCGAGCACCUCUGAGUUAUAUCUCUGAGUCAUCCUGUCGAUCGUUACAUUUUAUAUACGAUACCGUUUUACCUUCUAGCGAAAGUUAUUCUUUAUGUUCACAUAACCAAAGAAAACACAUUUCCAAUUCAUCGAUAAGCAAAGAUCGUGCUGAAAAAAAAAUAAAAACGGUUGAUACAAACUAUUCGAGAAUUUAUACAAUCGAUAUGUCAUUUAUAAAAUUAUUGAAAUCACGGAGGGAAUAUUUGAUUCAAAUGAAUAAUAAAUUAUCCGCUGAAGGCAAAGCGAGGAGCUUUCAUUUGAGCAAAAAAAUAAUGCAAAUAUCUAAAAAAUUGGCAAAUAUUAAAUACGGAACAAGGUCUGACAAUAUGAGCUCUGAAAGUUAUAAUUUCCAAAAUAGACGUGAAAUACAUGAUGUAGGUACAUCUACUCCCUCAGAAAUAGAAAGAAGUAACAAUCUUAAUAAGAUUGCCACUAUGCCAACCUCAACUUUAUUAUCUACAACCGCUUCACCACGGUGUGAUAGUUCUGAGGCAUAA